AUGGCGGACUCAGAGCUCAGAUACUUCAUGAGAGCGCUGUCACGGCUCUUGGGAUGGACAUACUUCCUUUGCUGGUCCAUAUCUUUCUAUCCGCAACCCACCCUCAACUUCCGGAGAAAGUCAACACUGGGACUCGCUGUAGACUAUCCCACAUGUAACAUGCUGGGCUUCACGGCCUACACCAUCUCCACAGGGGCCUUUCUCUAUUCGCCUGCCAUCCGAUCGCAGUAUGCGUUCCGCCAUCCGGCUGCGCCGGAACCAACAGUGCGCUUCAACGACUUUUUGUUUGCGCUCCAUGGCGCGGUGCUUUGUAUCAUCACUUACAGUCAGUUCUACACUCGACUGUGGGGCUUCAAGGUUGGACCCAUGCAAAGAACUAGCAACCCCAUCAUUGCCAUCUUCUGGGGGAGCAUCCUUGGCGUGCUUGUGACCGCUUUCGUAGUCCUGAGUCGCGGCAAGGACGGUGGAUUUGAUCCUCGCGGAUGGGCUUGGAUAGAAGUGGUCUACGCUGUCAGCUACAUCAAACUCAUUGUUACAGUCGUUAAGUACAUGCCCCAAGUGUGGAUGAACUACAAACGAAAGUCGACCACAGGCUGGAACAUUCAUCAGAUUCUACUUGACUUCUCAGGCGGUUUCCUCUCGCUCUGCCAGCUUAUUAUCGACGCAAGCUUCCAGGCGGAUUGGUCGGGCAUCACGGGCAACCCGGCUAAAUUUCUGUUGAGCAAUGUCAGCAUGUUUUUCGAUGUUAUCUUCAUCACGCAACAUUACGUGCUGUACCGGCCGGCCGGCGAAGACAAGGCUAGUGAGGACGAAGAGCAGCAGCUCAUCCCGGGGCGAUGA